AUGGUAAAUGUUCCAAAAACAAGAAAAAACUACUGCCAAAAGUGCAAUAAGCACGAGGAAAUGAAGGUUUCUAUAUACAAGCAGGGAAAAAGGAAUCCCAACAGACAGGGGGAAAGAAGGUAUCGUAUCAAGCAAAGGGGAUACGGAGGUCAAAAGAGACCCAUUCUGAGAAGAAAGGCCAAGGUCACCAAGAAGCCUGUUCUUAAGCUUGAAUGUAAGACAUGCCACUCAAAGGUUAUGAAAGCUAUACAUAGAGCCAAGCAUGUCAUGAUUAGCAACGAGAAAAAGGUUAAAGGACAAGCACUAACUUAUUAA